AUGGCGAAGUCGCACCGUGACUCGGUUCUCGCUGCUGCUUGUGUCCAGACCCCGGUAAACCCUGUCACUCGGACACCGUGUACCCUAUACGAGCGGAAACAGGAGGAGAGCCAGCGAAAUAGACACCCGCUAACCUCAAACACCGGGCACGAGUCUGAGAGGACAUCGGAGGAUGGCACUGAUUCGGAUUCUGACACGGAAAGAAACCAACAUGGCAAGAGCUGUGAAAGUAAAGGUUGGUUUUUUGACAUCUCCAAAAUACAGAAUUCAGACAAAGAAUACUACAUACAGCUGGAACAACUAAAGAACGCUCAUCUACAGAACAUGGCACAACUAGAAAGAAUGUAUGAACAGAAACUGAAGCUAAAGGGGGUUCAGAACAUUAAUACUGACCAGGAGGUCAACAAAAACUGCUUCAGGUCAAUGUGGGACAAAACAAAUUUGCACCCAGCUGUGUAUCAUGAGGGCAAUGAUUUCCACUGUAAUGUUUCUUCUGCCUUAUCAGAAAACUCACUUAGUGAAUCGUCUGAUGGAGGACAUUGUAGUGAUUCAGAAGAGUCCAUGUCUGCCAGGGAGAAAAUAUUUCAAAUGUGGAAUGAUUUUUCAGUGGAUGAUUAUAUACAAAAUUCCACAUAUGUCAAUCACAGCAAGGAGAAAUGUCAAACUAGCAAAAGCAAGUCCAAAAAGUGGUCCCACAGAAUAACCAUCCCUGAACCUUUUCAGAUGACCAUUAGAGAAACCAAGAAAAAGGAGACGAAUAUGAAAUCAAAGUCUGAAAUAGAACUUGAAAAUAAGUUGUUGAAAAAAGCUCUAGAAGAGGAGGCAGAGUGUCAGAAGAAGUUCAGAGCUAACCCUGUCCCAGCUUCUGUCUACCUGCCACUGUAUCACGAAAUAGUAGGGAGGAAUGAGGAGAGGCGCAAAUUUGUGAAAGAGAAAAGCAAAGAGAUUCUUUUAGCAUCUCAAAAACCCUUCAAAUUCAUAGAGCGAGAAAAACACAAGAAAGAAGUUCAGAAGAAACAACUCUCUGGUCUUUCAGCUUCAAGAAACAAUGUAAAGUAUUUUAAGGCAAAACCAGUCCCUAGAUCUAUUUACGGAAGCUCAGCCAAGGAGAGGCUAAAAGAAGAGGAGUUGUAUAGAGAUAUCAGAAUACAUAUGAGAGCACAAGAACUGCUACAUAAUUCCUCAUACCCUACCAGUACGCUAGCUUCUAGGAGUGCUGCGGUGAGUAGGAAGACAAGAUGCUACGAACCAAAAGAAGAACCAGAGCACAAACCAAAAAUAAAAGAAUCUAUACCUAACUUUGAAGCUCUCCAUCAAAAGCAACAUAAACGUUUGUUAAAAGCCAAACAUUCAAAGCACGUUACGGUUUGUGAUCCUUUUCAUUUGCGGACCGAACACAUUUCCCAUACAGGAAAAAUUAUUAAAAACAUUGAAGCAGAUGAGGACAACUUAAAUGAAACUCGUUGGCCAUAUAAGUCCCCAAGGAAAUGGACACCAGUUAAAUCCCCCAGAGACAGCUCAUUGCCCAGUGAUGAGGCAUUAUCUAAAGCUCUGAGAUCAACAGAAUCUUCCAAAAAAAGGCAGCAAGCCAUCAGGAAGUCUAUAGAAGAAAAAAAUAAAAUUGAAGAAGAGUGGAAAAGGAAACGAGCCAGACAGAAACACAAAGAGAAACUAUUGAAGAAACAUAUUUGUUCCAGAGCUAAAGCUAUCGACCCACUCCAAAGAGCAGCUCUGUUGUCCCGUAGAAAAUUAAAUGAGUUGAGGAAACAGGAAAAACAGAGAACUAAAGAAUACUUACAGGAAUUGGAAGAAAUGAAAGAUCGAGUCAACAAGAAGCCACUUUUGUUGGAAAGAGCAUCGCAGAAAAAUGCUCGUCUCUCUGCUGAAAAGCACUACUCUACAGUGCUACAGAACCUGGGAUUGCGCGAGGAUUUUGUUUCACAAAAAGGACAAACAUCUCAUCUGAAAGAUGUUGCCAGAAUCGAGCAACACAGCAUGGAUGAAGACGGCAGUGAAGGCACUUUGGAAUUAGAGGACUUGCAAGAUGACGGAUAUAGCUAUAAAGAUGAAUCGGAGGAUUCUGAAAUUGAAGAUGAGAACCAGGGAGAUUACAGCACAGAUGAUGAUCACACGGAGGAUGAAAUGUAAUCUAUCCACAAGCAUGACUGGCCAGAAAUUAAUAAACCCAUGGUGCUAGACAGGGAAUAUGUGCCGUCCCAAAAACUUUGCAACAUUAAGGGAAUAUUUUCAGAUGAAGUAGUUUAUUGGAAGAGUGUGUCCAUGAUUUAGAGGGCAGGA